AUGCCUCACUCACAGCAUGGCGAGGAUGCCUCCGCGACAGCGGCUGGCUCCCAAAUACCGGUGACACUUAUCGCCGACUCUCUCGAGAAGCCUUCGCUUGACGAUCGCAGCUACCGGGUCAUUCGACUUAGCAAUGAGCUUGAGGCUCUUCUGGUGCACGAUCCCGAGACCGACAAGGCCAGUGCUGCCCUUGACGUCAACGUGGGAAAUUUCAGCGACGAGUCUGAUAUCCCUGGCAUGGCUCAUGCGGUCGAACAUCUUCUCUUCAUGGGCACAAAGAAGUUCCCAAUUGAGAACGAAUAUGGUCAAUAUCUCUCCGCCAAUUCAGGAAGCUCUAAUGCUUACACCGGUCCGACUUCGACAAAUUACUUUUUCGACAUUUCUGCAAAGCCAGAUAAUGACCAGGAUCCUUCAGACAUCAAUCCUUCUCCUCUACGUGAGGCUCUAGAUCGAUUCGCGCAGUUCUUCAUUGAGCCUCUCUUCCUUCCCGAGACUCUCGACCGAGAACUCAAGGCUGUCGACUCAGAGAACAAGAAGAAUCUUCAGAAUGAUACCUGGAGACUGCACCAGCUUGAAAAGUCUCUGUCCAACCCCAACCAUCCGUUCUGCCAUUUCUCAACUGGCAAUUUCGAGGUCUUGAAGACCCUUCCCGAAGCACGCGGAAUCAAUGUUAGGGAUAAGUUCAUCGAGUUCCAUGCCAAACACUACUCGGCGAAUCGCAUGAAGUUGGUUGUCUUGGGCAGAGAGCCACUUGACGUGCUCCAGAAAUGGGUUGCUGAGCUUUUCUCUCCUGUCGUCAACAAGGAACUCCCUCCCAACAGGUGGCCCGGCGAGCUACCGUUCCGGGAGUCUGACCUCGGAAUGCAAUGUUUUGCAAAGCCUGUUAUGGAUUCGAGAGAGUUGAACCUCUACUUCCCCUUCAUUGACGAGGAGUUCAUGUUCGCCACUCAGCCUAGCCGAUAUAUUAGUCAUCUUAUCGGACACGAGGGUCCUGGCAGUAUCAUGUCGUAUAUCAAAUCCAAGGGCUGGGCAAACGGUCUCAGUGCUGGUGCCUACCCUGUGUGCCCUGGCACUCCCGGUAUUUUCGAUGUGCAAGUUCGCUUGACGGAAGAGGGUCUCAAGAACUAUCCUGAAAUUGUCAAGAUUUUCUUCCAGUAUGUCACUCUUUUGCGCGAGAACCCUCCACAGGAGUGGAUCUUCCAAGAGCAGAAGGGAAUGGCAGAUGUCGACUUCAAGUUCAAGCAAAAGACACCCGCCAGUCGUUUUACGAGCCGGAUCAGUUCUGUUAUGCAGAAACCGCUUCCGCGAGAGUGGUUGCUCAGCGGCCACAGCCGUCUCCGGGAAUUCGCUCCCGACCAGAUUGAGAAGGCUCUUUCUACAAUUCGCCCGGACAACUUCCGCAUGGUUAUUGUGUCACGAAACCACCCCGGCAACUGGGACCAGAAGGAGAAGUGGUAUGGAACUGAGUACCGCCAUGAGAAGAUCCCCGAUGAUCUCAUGGAGGAUAUCAAGAAGGCCGCCGCAGUCUCUCCCAAGGAGCGCUUGUCGGCCCUUCAUCUACCCCACAAGAACCAGUUCAUUCCCAACAAGCUCGAGGUUGAGAAGAAGGACGUCGAUGAGCCCGCACUGAACCCGCGAGUGCUCCGCAAUGACAACAUUGCCAGGACAUGGUGGAAGAAGGAUGACACUUUCUGGGUUCCUCGCGCGAAUGUGAUCGUGAGCCUAAAGACACCCCUUAUCUACGCUUCCGCCGAGAACAAUGUCAAGGCCCGUCUAUUCACGGAUCUUGUGCGUGAUGCGCUCGAAGAGUACUCCUAUGAUGCAGAAUUGGCUGGCUUGCAGUAUAAUGUCAGUCUCGACUCACGGGGUUUAUUCUUGGACGUCAGUGGUUACAAUGACAAGCUUCCUGUCCUUCUGGAGCAAGUUGUUACAACAAUGCGGGACCUCGACAUCAAGGAGGAUCGUUUCGAGAUCGUCAGGGAGCGACUGACCAGAGGAUACAACAACUGGCAGCUUCAAUCGUCCUACCAUCAAGUCGGUGAUUACACCAACUGGCUCAAUGCACCUGAGCGAGACUUUAUUGUAGAAGAGCUUGCAGAUGAGCUGUCGAGCGUCACGUUGGAAGGUGUCAGGUUGUUCCAAAAGCAAAUGCUGGGCCAGGUUUUUAUUGAGGUUUACGUGCACGGCAAUAUGUACAAGGAGGAUGCCCUCAAGGCAACCGACAUGGUUGAGUCUAUUCUAAAGCCUCGGGUAUUGCCUGAGGCUCAGUGGCCUAUCCUACGGUCUCUUAUCUUGACUGAGGGCUCAAACCACGUUUUCAGGAAGACGCUUAUGGAUACAGCUAACGUCAAUCACUGCGUCGAGACCUGGUUCUAUGUUGGUAGUAGGGAAGACCGCGAGGUUCGCACAAAGACUUUACUCCUAGAUCAGAUGCUCCACGAGCCUGCCUUUGAUCAGCUGAGAACCAAGGAGCAACUGGGUUACAUCGUCUUUAGCGGUCCUCGAGCUUUCUCGACAACAUAUGGUUUCCGAUUCCUCAUUCAGAGCGAAAUGACGCCGGAAUUCCUCGAUUCUCGCAUUGAGGCCUUCCUUAUGAGAUAUGCAGACACUUUGGAGAAGAUGAGCGACACGGAGUUCGAGGGUCACAAGCGAAGCUUGAUUGUCAGGCGGCUAGAGAAGCUCAGGAACCUGGACCAAGAGUCCACUCGUCACUGGUCUCAGAUCACAAACGAAUACUACGACUUUGAGCUAGCCCAACGCGAUGCUGCACAAAUCAAGUUGCUGACCAAGCCCGAGGUCGCCGAGUUUUUCAACAAGCACCUCAAUCCCACAUCAACCCGAAGAGCCCGUCUGUCGAUUCAUUUGCAAGCCCAAGGCAAGGCUGAAGGAGUCGAUAAACGACAGGAAGAGGCCCAGAAGAAGGCCGAUGAGGAGCCAUCUGCUGGGGAUGCUGUCAAGACUGCUCAGGAGGUUACAGACGUCAGAUUGUACAAGGCUGGUCUCACUGCCAGCUCAGGCGCCAGGCCUGUAAAGGACAUCAGCGAGUAUGCGGAUACCGAUGCUAAGCUGUAA